AUGCAAUCAUUACGUGGUCGUUCAUUUUGCAGAGUGUCACAAUUUUGUAGUGCUAAUAAUUUUAGAUUAGUAAGUGCCAACGUUGCGGUGAAGCACUCAGACAGUGUCAAAACAUGGCAAGAGAUUCCAGGUCCUUCCUCCUUACCUAUUAUUGGGCAACUACAUCAUUUUCUUCCUGGUGGUUCUCUACACAAUAAAAAUCAUGCGAUGUACGAUAUAUUACAUAAGCAAUACGGUCCAAUUGUUAAAAUAAAAUUUCUAGGACUGCCUAUUUUAAUUAUACAUUUAUACGACGCAGAUGCUGUAGAAACGGUCGUUCGAGGCGAAGAUACAUUACCGGCAAGACCAGCUUUUCUGUCUUUGGAAUAUUACAGAAAUAAUUACAUGAAGGAUGAAAUUAGUUCGAAUACAAAUUCUACUGGGCUCAUAACUGAACAUGGAGAGCGAUGGAAGUCGAUGAGAUCAAAAGUCAACCCAAUAAUGUUACAACCUAAAAGAGUUAAGCUUUACAGCAAAAUCUUGGACAAAGUAUCCGAAGAUAUGCUCGACAGAUUAAAAUCCAAAUUAAAUAACAAAAAUAUGAUUGAUGGAAUAAGACAAGAAAUGACGAUGUGGUCCCUGGAAGCAGUGAGUGUUGUCUCACUCGGUCAGCGACUGAACUGCUUCGAUCCCAAUUUACCAGCAGAUUCACCCGCGAAGAAGCUAAUGAAGAAUAUGCAUGACGUAUUUUAUAUGGCGGAAAACUUGGAUCUAAAACCAAGUCUUUGGAGAUACUUCUCAACACCAUUGUUCAAAACAGCUAUGAAAACAUAUGAAGAGCAAUGGCAACUUAGCAGUUAUUUUGUUAAGAAGAGAAUAGAAGCCCUUAAAAAGGAGGGAAAGAAACCAGACGAUGAAACGGGUAUUCUCGAAAAACUUCUAGACAUAGAUGAACGCACCGCAGUGCUUAUGGCUGGAGAUUCGCUCUUUGCUGGUAUUGACACGGUGUCAAAUGUAGUAAUAUCUAUUCUAUACUUUUUGGCGCAAAACCCUGAAAAACAAGAGAAAUUGAGGGAAGAGAUUAUUUCUGAAGAUCCCAAGCAAUCGUACCUGAAAGCAUGCAUCAAGGAAGCGUUACGUCUCAUACCUAUAACGCCAGCGAAUCUAAGGAAAGUUUCCAAGGAGUACGAUGUACUAGGUUACAGAAUACCUAAGGAUGCACUUGUUAUUAUGAACCAUGGUGUCCUAUGCAAAAUGGAGGAGCAUUACCCAAAGCCGGAUGAGUUCAUACCUGAGCGAUGGGUCGUUGAUAAAAGUGACCCUUUGUAUUAUGGUCACGCCCAUCCCUUUGCAUACAGCCCGUUUGGGUAUGGAACACGAAGUUGUAUUGGCAGAAGAAUAGCUCAGCUCCAAAUGGAAUCAUUCGUGCCGAAAAUAGUAAGAAAUUUCCACGUAUCUUGGGAAGGACCUCCUGCUGAAGUGGACGUAGCUAUGAGCAAUUACAUCAAGGGAGAUUUGCCAUUUGUGUUUAAGAAGUUAAAUUAA